AGAAAAAAAUGGAAGAAGUUAAUAGGAAGAAAAAUUUUCAUGUAGUAUCUAUUAAAAAUAGGAGAAAAGUUACUGAUGAUCCCACAGAUAUUUUACCAAAAAAGAAAAGAAAAUUAAACAAAGAUUUAUUUAAACCACCAACUGUUGAAGAAUUAAAUCAACUUAGAGAAACAGAAAAUUUAUUUCAUUCCAACUUAUUUAGACUACAGAUUGAGGAAAUGUUAAAUGAAGUUAGAAUUAAAGAUAAGUAUAAACGUUUGUUUGAUGAUUGGUUCAAAAAUUUUAAGAAAACUAUUGAAUCCAUAAAGGAAACAGAAGAAUAUCAACUUUCAGCUAACGAGUUGGAGAAAAAAUUAAAUGUCAAUAUUUUAAUGCCUAAUGUACCAGAAGAAACAAAAGGGAUGUUUAAAUUUCUUAAACCAUCAGAUAUUGCUGUUAUAGGAUCUUAUGCGUUUGAUGCUGCUAUUGGUCCAAAUAGUACUGUAGAUAUAAUGAUUGAAAUGCCUGUCAAAAUGUUUCAAAAACAAGACUAUCAAAACUAUAGAUAUAUAAAAAAGAAAAUGAUAUAUUUGACAUGCAUAGCAUCUAAUAUUACUGAUGAUAUUGCUAAAAGCAAAAAGUUUAUGAAUGAUACAUUAAGACCAAUUUUAAAGAUUAUACCAAGUGGAAAAUUGGGCACCAAAAUUAAUGUAUUGAUACACAUAUCAGCUCAAGAGGAAAGUUUUAAACUAUGUAGAUUUUUACCAGAAAAAAAUAAUGUUAGAACUGAAUGGUUUUUCAGUGAAACCAACAAUAGUAUGUUUUUAAUAAAGGAAUUAUUACCAACACCACAUUAUAAUUCUAUAAUUUUGCAUGAUUUAGUUAUGAAAAUACAUAAUAAUGAUAUGAAAGUAAUAAAAGAGUACCCAAAUUUAAGGGAUGCUAUUAUCUUAUUAAAGAUAUGGUUAACUCAACGUGAAUUAGCAAAAGAUUAUGCAAGUUUUAAUGGAUAUAUCAUAACAAUGUUCAUUCUAUAUUUAUUAUCUAUAAAAAAAUUAAACACAUUUAUGAGUAGCUAUCAAAUUGUAAGGAAUGUGUGGAAUUAUUUAGUACAAAUUGACUUGUGUGAAACUGGAAUAACUAUGAAUCAAAAUGAAGAUAGCAAAAAUAAAGUUUUAAGCUAUCAUGAAUAUUAUGACUGUAUAUUUUUGGAUACCACUGGUUAUUAUAAUAUUGCUACGUAUAUAUUUAAAGGUACAUAUAAAUGGUUACAAAGAGAAGCAGAACUUUGUUUAAAUCACUUAGAUAGUGCACAUGCAAACAGUUUCCAAUCACUUUUUAUGAGAAAAGUACCAUUUCACAUGGCAUUUGAUCACUUUAUAUGGUUUAAUGAUACACAAAUGUUAAAAAGUCUAGUAAACAUUAAUUCAAAUAAUAAAGAUAAGCUAGAUUAUGGUCCAGAUUAUCAAACCCAAGCAAUAAAAAUUCUUUAUAAUACUCUCAAAAAAGGAUUGACAAAUAGAGUGCAUCAAAUUUGUGUUUUACCAAAUGGAGCUUCAGAAUGGGAAUGUACAGAAGAUAAGCGAAAUGAUGUCUGGACAAUUUUUAUUGGGUUAGAAUUAAAUCCAGAAUACUGUUUUAAUGUUGUUGAUAAAGGACCUGAAGCAAAUUUACCAGAGGCAAUGGAAUUUAGAAAAUUUUGGGGCAAAAAAUCAGAAUUAAGACGAUUUCAAGACGGAACUAUCCGAGAAGCUGUGGUUUGGUCGAAAGGCAAAACAUUAGCUGGAAAAAGAUUAAUAUGUAAAAAGAUUAUAAUUUUUUUAUUAACAAAAAAAUUAAGUUUUGUCAGAAAUAAAUUUGUGUACAUUGCUGAUGAAAUAGAAGAACUCGUAAAACUACAAAAACUCAAAAUAACGCAUUUUGCUUAUGGAACGGGAGAAGAAGCAGCGUUAAAAGUAAUAAAUGCAUUUAAUUGUCUUGAGAAAGAUUUGAUGUCUUUAACAGACAUUCCCUUAUCAAUCCACGGAGUUCAAGGAUCUAGUGCCGUUUUUCGAUAUGCAGAUGUUUUCCCACAACUUGCAACAGUUCAUCAACAUAGUAAACAACCUAUUCGAAAGAAUAAAAAUUGUUUGAUAUUAUUAAAAAAUGUUAUUCCAAUACCUAUGUAUGUUAGAGCACAUGAAGUAAGUUUGCAAUUAUCAACUAGUGGAAAAUGGCCAGAUGAUUUGGAAGCUUUUAGAAAAACAAAAGCGGCUUUUCACAUACAAAUUGCAGAAUGCCUUAGGAAACAAUGUAUGUUGAAAGCAAAUGCAAACUUUUCAUAUAUCGAUGUAUAUAAGGAUGGAUUUGUAUUUCGGUUAAGAAUAUCGCAUCAAAAAGAAAUUACUUUUUUGAAACAACGAAUAACUAGGGAUGGAAUAAUACAAUACAAAGAUAAUGAAGAAUCAAUUGAGUUAGAAAAUAAGUUAUUUGAACUACCGAAGCUAACUAGUGCUUUACAUGGAUUACAUACUCAACAACCAUCCUUUGGCCCUGCUUGUUGUUUAGCAAAACGUUGGUUAUCUGCUCAGCUCUUAGAUGAUUUUCAUAUACCAGAUAUAGUGGUUGAACUACUUGUAGCUUCAAUGUAUUUAACACCUACAUCGUAUAAACCUUCUCAAAUGCCUCAAGUAACAUUCUUGAGACUUUUAGAAAUGUUUGCAAAGGGUCAUUGGAAUACAGAUCCUGUCAUCGUAAAUUUCAAUAAUGAAAUGUCUAGGGAAGAAAUAAUUGCUGUGGAAACACUUUUUGGAUCAUCUCGUGAUUCUUUGCCACCUUUAUUUAUCUCUACUCCUUAUGAUCAACAAAGAUCAUUAUGGACAAGAAAAGCACCAUCUAUUCUUAUUUUAAAUCGUAUUACAGCAUUGGCUAGACAAUCUUUGAAAUUAUAUGAAAGUCAGCUUUUUACAAAAGUUCUAUUAGAUUUCAAACCUUUAUUUAGACCACCACUCACAGAAUAUGAUUGUUUAAUAUACUUGAAAUCAUCUAUGGUUCCUAAAAUUCUACAGGCAGUUGAUGUUAGUGAUGCACAUCCAAUUGUUGAAUUGUAUCCAUAUAAACAUCAUUCAGCACAAAAGAUACCAAUUGUGGAUUUUGAUCCUGUGCAAUAUUUCCUAAGAGAUCUUAGAAAUGGUUAUGACGAAUUUGCCCUGUUUUUCCAUGAUACUUACGGUGGUACACUAAUUGGAGUAUUAUUGAAACCUUCUGCAUUAGAAAUCAAGGAUUUUAAGGUAUCAAAUAUCAGUGGUCGAAAAUGUAAUGAAAAUAAUCAGUUAGUCUUAAACUUUUCGGCAAUGAUUCAAGACUUUUAUAUUCUUGGUAAAGGUCUCGUCGAAGCGAUAGAUUUUCAAUCAAAAAGAUUUUCUUUAAUCUGA